GUUUGGUGUUGCGUUUAGUAUUUGGUUGCAGCGAUGAAAGCUUUGGCGGCGAAAGGUAGAUAUUCAUAUUAGGCGCGAAACUAAUUGAAAAAAUUUGUCUGCAAUGUUCGUGAAAACUAAAACUGAAGGUCUGAACUCAUUUUCAAUCCAAUCUGCAUUAUUUAUUUUAUUACACCAACGAUAACAAAAAAGGUGUUCAUUUUCCUCGGGAUGAUCAUCGGCUCUGGCGGCAGAAAUCAAGGUUUCUAAAUCCCGCAGACACUGCUCCUUUCUUUAAAUGUGUAUUUAGUCUUUUUAGUAAAAUAUUACAUGAACAACAUUUUAUACAUAUGUAAGUUGUUUCUGACCGUAAUUUUCGUGCUGCGCAAAAAGCAAAACCAGGUGUCCAAGCUUCACAUCUUUCACCAUUUAUCCACGGUGACGCUGAUAUACAUGCUUAUUAACCACAACGAGAAUGGCGAGUCCCUUCCUCUUUACAAACACGCUGAAAUAAGCGGCGUCGCCUGCGCUUAUUUCAGCGUGUUUCUUAACUCGAUCGUCCACGUUUUCAUGUACUCCUACUACUUCUUGGCCGCCGUGGCCGACAAGAAGGUAGUGCAGGCCCUGUGGCCCGUCAAGAAGAGCAUCACGGUGAUGCAAAUGACGCAGUUCGCUUUAAUCCUGGUUCAGUUGGUCUGUCAGAUCGUGCUCUGCACCACGCCACUCUAUCAUACUAUUUACUUCACCGCCGUUAUUGUGGGCAUGUUUUACGGCUUCUUGGACUUCUACAAUAGUGCCUACCAGGUCUCGCAGCGCCGCAAGAAUCUGUCUCCUUCGCCCGAAGUGGGGAAGUGAUCCCACGCAAACAAAUCACGCAAUAAAAGUGCACAACCAA